AAAAUUUAUUAUGCUUUCUUAAUCAAGUUUGACUUUGACUACUUAAGUUAGAUUAGCUAGUGUAAUAUAAGCAAUUGCACAAAAUGAAUAAUUAAUUGAAAAAAGAAGAUAAAUAUUGGCAUAACUUGAGAUGUUUGCUGUUGAAGUUGGUAAUGAUUUUGACAAAAUAAAUAGCAUUUUUAAGGUUGGAUUAGAGUAGAGUGAAUCAAUUGGCUCAUAGUGAUAUAAUUGAAUUUUUAUAAGAUAAUAAAAUAUCUCAUUCUUAAUUUGAAGCAGCAUAUUUAUUUAAGAGAUUAGAUUGGGAUAAAGAUGGAAGAAUAAAAUUAGGAGAGUAUUAUAUAAACUUAUAUAAAUAGUUUUAUUUAAUAUAUUUUACCAAAAAGAAAUAAUAAUUUAAGAGAUUUAGCAAAAGCAAGAACACCAUAUUAAAUAGAACCUGGAAUGUUAUUACCAAAUGAAGUAGAAUUGGCAUUAGCUGAUUUAUUUACAUAAGAAAUAAAUAAUUAUAGAUCAAUAAAUCAUGCAAGAUAAGCUUUGGUGAAUUCUCUAGAUUAUUCAACAUUAGAAGCUUUUAAAUCUUUAGAUUUAUUUAAUUAAGGUUUUGUAAGUAAAGAAACUUUAUAACUAUUUAUGUAAAAAUAAGGUGCACCAUUAUUAAAUGAUGAGAUAGAUUCAUUUUUUGAUGCAGUUGAUUUAGAUUAAGAUGGAAGAAUAUCUUAUAGUGAAUUAGUUGAAGCAGUUCAUUUAAUGGAACCAUUACCAUAUAGAUCAAGUGUAGUAAGAGAUAGUGAAUAUAUAAGAGCAGUUGAAAAUAAUAGAUCAUUAGAAAGAUUAAAUUUAUCUAAUUACCCAUAUUAUUUUUAUCCUUAUUAUCCAUAUUACUAUCCUUAUUAUUAUCCAUCUUUAAGAUUAGAAAGUGUAAGAUAAAGAGAGAAUUCACUUGAAAGAUUAAGAAGAUCAAGAUUAGAAUAAAUUGAAAAUGAAAACAGAAUUAUUUAAUUGGAGAAUGAAAAAAGAAGAAAUGCUGAAAGAUAAAGAAGUGCUGAGAGACUUAAAUAAAUUUAAGAAGAAAGUUUUAUAAGAUAAUCAUAAAUUGAAGAAUAAAAUAGAAUCAGAGAACUUGAUAGAAUUAGAGAUGAAGAUUUAAGAAGAAGCAGAGAAAGAAUAAGAUUAAUUGAAAAUGAAGCAAGACUUAAAUAAAUUGAAGUUGAAAGUAGAGCAAGAGAUAUAGAAAGAGAAAAUAGAUUAUUAGCUUUAGAAAGAGAAUAAAGAAUAAGAUAAGCAGAAUUAGAAAGGGAAUUAAUAGAAAGUAAAGUUAAAUAUUAGAAUUUGGAGAGAUAAAGUAGUUUAGAAAGAUUGAGAUAACUUGAAGAUAUUAGAAGAGCAGAAUUAGAUAAAAUUAGAACAAGUGCAGCAUUAGCAUAUUCUCCAUAUUAUUCUACAUAUACUUCAAAUGUACCAUAUUAUGAGAAAGUCUUAUAAAAAUAUCCUUAUUCAUUGAUAGAUUCAAUUAAUGCCUUUAAGUAAUAUUUUUUAUUCUAUACAUAGUACAAUAAGAAGAUAUUCCCCAAGUAAUACCAAAUCUUUAGUAUAAUCAACUAUUUACGAAAGUCCAAGUAAAAUCAAAAAGCAAGAAUUUAAAUAAAAAUGAUUCACACAAUUUUGCAUUAUAAAUGUGCUUAAAUUAUUAUAAAUAUAAUACAUGAGAAUAUCUUUCUAAUG